GAAUUCAUCAGAUUUAUUAAAGAUAACUCGUGCAAAAAUACAAAUAAUCCAUCCGAGAUGUUCAUUCCACUCAAUGCCACUACCAAAUCUUUGACAAUAACAAAAUUAUGACGAACAUAAUGCGGGUAUUACCACUCAGUACUCACCACGCGGUUGUCAGUACACAGUUUGCGCGCUAGGUGUCCUCAGUCCUGCAGAUAUGGUCUAUGCCCACUUUCCUGUCAAGAUGCCCAACCUAACCUUACCUCUCUAAUCAUUAACAUGUGUUUUUUGGAAGAUUCUGUUUAACGCACAAAUGAGAAUAAAAAUAAGUUUCAACUAUGACAGACGAAAAAGUAGAAACCGAUGUUAAUGAAGCAUUUGAGAAUUUAUUACUUGCCGAAGAUCUAGCUGAGCAGGCAGCUUACGAAGAGGGCUUUGCUGUGGGUAAAAAUCAGAUGCUGGAGGGCUACCACCUUGGAUACCACAGAGCAAGUUCACUUGCAGCACAGCUAGGAUAUUAUUUUGGUGUUUUGAUGUUCAUUCAGCAAUCUUCGAAUGUUGACAGAGUUCUAGAGCAAACCAAGAAGCUCAUAGCAGACAUACAGAAAUUUCCUGCCGAUAAUGAUGAUGCAGUUGAUAUUUUUGAAAAAUUUGACAGCAUAAAACUCAAUUUCAAGAAGAUCUGUUCACUGGCUAAAAUAGAUGCUACCUAUCCAGACGCAAACAAACUAGAAUUUUAAGAUUAUCAGAAGAUUUUUAUUGUUUUAAAAAUGUCUGCUUAUGAAGCUCAUUUUUGUAAAGUUUUGAAGUUUUUGAGAGUUUAUGAAAAUUUAAUAGAUUGUCAUCUGGUAGAUUUUUUAACUGAAGAUUUAUGGGAAAAAUGUUUACCAAAAGAUUUAAAAGUAUACUUGGAGAAAAGAGGCCCUGAUGUCAUUAGUGAGAUUAAUCAGUUUGAUAAGGCUAAUUUAUGUCAAGAUUCGGAACUUUAUGAAUUCUUAAAGGAUGCCGAGUCUCUGAAUUUAGAUCACUGUCAAGACAUUCUUACUAGACAUAAUUUUUUAAAUAUUAUUAAUGAAGCAAAGACUCAGAGUUCAAAACCUCUACAAUCUGAAUUCAUGAAAGUUAAAAAAUGGCACGAAGUUGAGGUAUUCACUAAAACUGUUGCAUGGCUUAAUCAAAGUCAAUCGUGCAUUGUCAUCGAUGCAGGGGCUGGCAAAGGAUACUCUUCCUUGCAUCUAUCCAAUCACUACAACUUUCCUGUAUUGGCCAUAGAAUGUUCUCAAAUCAAUCAUAAAGGUGCUAUUCUGCAUCGUGACCUUGUGAAUAAGAAGAGUAAGCAGUCUACAUCUUUGAUCAACUAUGCAGUAAAACAAAUAGAUGAUACAACAGAUUUCGUGCAGCUGGUGAAGGAUCAUUAUCCAGACUUUUAUCCGGAGAAAAAACUAGUUAUGACUGCCUUACAUGCAUGUGGGUCACUGACUGAUUCUGUGAUAAAAUCUUUUGUAAACGUCAGUGAUAUGAAAUGCUUAUGCAUAGUUCCUUGUUGUUAUCAUUUGGCUUCGCAGUCACUCUUGAGUGUGUAUGAAUUUUCAAAGAACUCACGUAUGUUAGCUCAGCAAUCUACCGAAAGAGUAAAAAUAAAAGACGAAGCACUGUCGCCGUCGCUGUUCUACAGAGCUGUUUUGCAAGUUAUUUUUCGAUCAUUAGGUAUCCAAGAUGUUAAAACCGGACGGGGAGCGCCUUUGGAUAGUUUUUUGAUUUAUGCCAAGUGGGCUCUGAAAAAAAUCCACGCUACAGAGCUUCCAACGGAUGAGAAACUCUACGACGUGUACAACGAGAAGAAAGCUUUGGAAUGGAAGUUCCAUGUAUUCCAAUUAUUGCGAAUCCGAUUAGCGCCCGUAGUGGAAGCGGCGAUCAUUUUAGAUAAACUGCUCUUUAUUCAAAAAUCAAACGUUUGCACGAAACUAGAAGUGGUCCAAUUGUUCGACCCGCUGCUGUCGCCUAGAAAUUGGGCUAUUAUCGCCACGAAGUGAGACGUCAAUAUAUUGUCCACAUUUUACACAUGAGUAUACAUACCGAUAUAUUUUUAACACGCAGUGUUUGCGUUCGAGAUGAUGUAUUUGAAUUUACGAAUUUUAAUAUUUUAUAUACAUACGUGUAAUAUAACGCAAUAAAGAUAUAUCUUUGACUACAG